AUGCUCGAUCCAUUCUUCUCUGCACCAGAGAUAUUUGUGACGAAAGGAAAGGUUUUAUCCGAUUUUCUAAACUUACAGAGUUUGCCUUUCCAUUUACAUGAAAUUAUUGUUGCAUUUUGUUUUUACACCUUCAUCGAUACCUAUGGCUCGCACAUUAUCUCAUCCCAACUCUUCCCAAAUAUCUAUCCAUCUCUUGCACCUCGGAGUAAGGUGAACUGGAACAUUCAUGUCGUCUCAUUCGUUCAAUCCACUUUGAUAUGUACAUUAGCCUUAUGGGUGCAAUGGACAGAUGAAGAACGAUGGAAUAUGGACUGGACGGGUAGAAUAUGGGGGUAUACCGGAGCUCAAGCUCUUGUCCAAGCUUUUGCCAUGGGAUAUUUCUUAUGGGAUUUGAUGGCUAGUGUUGUACAUUUAGAUGUUCUUGGUUUGAGCUCAUUGAUACAUGCUGUUUGUGCGUUUUUGGUAGUUGGCAUUGGUUUCAGACCAUUUGCGAAUUAUUACGGCCUUAACUUCGUUCUCUACGAGCUCUCUACUCCAUUCCUCAAUAUUCACUGGUUCUUUGAUAAACUCAAUAUGACGGGUUCCCGAGCCCAACUUUACAACGGCAUUGUUUUGAUAUUCACAUUUUUCUCAUGUCGUCUCGCAUGGGGUGUAUAUCAAUCAGCAAGACUCUACCAAGAUAUAUGGAAGGUUUAUCAUGCUCCAAACACUGGAAUAUCCAUCCCCGAAUUCGCAGUCCCUGGAGAUCCCGAAUGGGAACUCUUCAGAUCUUCCGUAUCUUCUGAAGACUUGGCAUUGCCAAUGUGGCUAGCUUUGGGUUAUCUAGGAACAAAUACCAUGUUAACACUAUUGAAUUUCUAUUGGUUUAAACAAAUGAUUUCGGCGGUAUCGAAAAGAUUUUCUACCAAAGAGAAAAUCUCAAAAGCGGAUAAAUCAAAGUAG